UCUCGGUUCUGUUAUUUUUGGAAUCCCUUUCAGGAGUUUUGUUUGUUUGUUUGUUUCUCAUAUAUCCCAGGCUGCCCUCAAACUUGCUAAGUUGCCGAGAAUUCAUGACUUUCCUGUCUCCACUUUUCCAAGUGCUGGAGUGACGAGUAAUUCACACCGGGCUUGGUUUUUGAGAUAAGGUCUCUAGUACUGUCUUCGUACUUAAGAAAUAGCCAAGAAGGAUCUCGAACUGAUCCUACGGCCUCCAGGUUUCAAAUGCUGGGUUGUCAGGCCAACGUUAUAAAUAACGCCUGGCUCACAGCAGUUGUUUUAUUUCAGUGGCAAACAGAUCUUGUGGCUUUCCUUCUCAUGCUCCUGUCCAUAUUACAGCAUUUCCGAUCAAAAAGCCACAGUGAGUGCAGUGCCCCAGGAGUCUUUUGACUUCUCGGGCCUCCAUAGCACCUGCGGAGCCCCGCCUAUUCACGCGGACGUCCGCUGCCAUGGCGACCCUGCUGCUGCUUCGCUCCCUGCGCCUCCACCGCAGUCUUCGGCCCCGUACUCGGCCAGCUGUAGAUGUACCCCUCAGGGCCGGGAGCCAUGGCGCCCACCUGCUGUACCCGGACCACAUCCCAACCACCCCGCUGCAAAAGAUGCUGCUGGCUGCGGGCGCGGCGGGAAUGGCGCUCUACAACCCCUAUCGCCACGACAUGGUUGCAGUUCUAGGGGAGACCACAGGAUGCCACACCCUGAAAUUCCUCAGAGACCAGAUGAAGAAGGAUCCAGAGGGUGCCCAGAUUCUACAAGAGCGUCCUAGGAUCUCCCUGUCUACCCUUGACCUGAGCAAGCUUCAGAGCCUGCCUGAAGGCUCACUGGGCCGUGAGUAUCUUCACUUCCUGGAUGUGAAUAAGGUCUCUCCGGACACACGAGCACCUACGCGCUUUGUGGACGAUGAAGAGCUAGCCUAUGUGAUCCAGAGGUACCGUGAGGUGCACGACAUGCUCCACACCCUGCUGGGCAUGCCCACCAACAUGCUCGGAGAGGUUGUGGUAAAGUGGUUUGAGGCUGUGCAGACCGGCCUACCAAUGUGCGUCCUGGGAGCACUCUUCGGACCCAUCCGCCUCCGUACUCAGAGCCUCCAAGUGCUGUUCUCAGAGCUGAUCCCUUGGGCGAUUCAGAACGGGCGCAGGGCCCCAUGUGUCCUCAACAUCUACUAUGAGCAGCGUUGGGAGCAGCCCCUGACAGCCCUGCGGGAGGAGCUGGGCAUCAGUCCUCCCCCAAAACAUAUCCAGGGCCUGGCCUAGCUUGAGCUGCCACACACAGAGGAUUAAGCCUUCCUCUCCACACACUGCCUUCUUGGGACAAAAGAGCCUCUCAGCUGCUUUUGUUUCUUCUCUUUGAACCUUGAACUCAGAGUGUCACUUAUAAUUUUUAUAGUCCUUGCUGCCUUGUACCUUCAGGGCCAGCCCAGGAGAGAGAGGCAGAGCAAUGGGGCCCCAGGCUGCUGUGAGCCAUCCGGAGAGAGCAGUAUGUGUGCCUCGAACAGCCAUAUUGGAUCAUACUGAUCAUUGCAGUCUGAGGCUCCUCUUCUGGACAGUGACUCUGACAGGGCAUUUUGUCAAGCUGUCUUCGAAAGCUUUACUACUACAUCAUAUUACCAAGCCCUGAGCAGACUGGUGGGGAGGAGAAGGCGUCUCUGGUGUCUGAAUAAAGCUCCCAUCAGGCCUAGAGUCUGCUGGUUGUCCUAGACCUAGCUCCCUUUGCCUGACAUAUUGGUGAGGGGAAUUCCGUCCCAGUUGGACUCCAGUUGAUGCUGCUGUCAUUGGGUCUUAAGGCAAGCAGUCUAGGAAUCAAGUCCCCAACCAUCAGAAAACUAACAAGUCCCUUGUGUUUGUAAGCCAGCCUUUUGACAUCAGCUGAGGAACAGCAGCAGUCGCUAUGGGUCAGUGGCAAAGGCGCUGCCAUCAAGGCUGCAGACAUGAUUCCAAUCCCAGCACCCACAGGAUAGAAAGAUAACGGUUUCUCACAAGUCGUCUGCCAACGUCUGCAUGCACCAUGCAUGUGUCCACACACACAAACGCACAAAAUGAAACUUCAGAGCUGGAACAAAACAAAUAAAACGGGUUUAUUAGAUGAUUUACAAAUGUGAAAGCACAUGCCACCAAACCUGAAGACCUGACUUCCAUCCCCAAGACCCACAAAGUGGAAGGUGAAAAACAACAUCCGCAAGUUGUCAUGACCAGCACAAACAUGCCAUGGUGUGCAUGCACUCACACCUGUGCAAAAUAAAGUGUGAAAACUA